GUUCAAGGUUCACUGCGACAAAACACGGUGAUAAGUGGCCCCCUCUUGUGUAAGGAAUUGUUUUGUAACAAUGUCCUGUUACAUAAAUACCAGCUCUUGCGUAACUCUCUCGGACAACGGCUUGCCCAUGAUCAACUCUAAAACAUCACGUUUGUAGAGCAUCGUAAAUACAAAGGAACGAUGAGAAUGAAAAUAUUUGCAGACUAGAAAGAUUGAAUAUCGUUUGUGUACAUUAAAGUAGAAAGGAACAGUGUGCUAUACAGUGUAGAAAGCAAAGAAAUGGAGUGUUUAAAAAUAGGAAUCCUAGAAGUGCAGGGGGCAUUCCUUGAACACAAGAAUGCUCUCGUGAAGGCUAGGGAUAACAUUAAACUUCCGGUACAGAUCGAAAUAUUGGAGGUCCGCCACCCCAGUCACUUAAACUCUUGCCUCGAUGGCAUGAUAAUCCCUGGAGGUGAAAGUACGGCCAUCAGUCUCUUUCUGAAGAGAAACAACAUGGUAGAACCAUUGAGAGGAUGGAUCCAGGACAAGAAACACGUGACGUGGGGCACAUGCGCAGGAAUGAUCAUUUUAGCAAAACAAACAGAGAAUCAGAAAAAUGGCGGACAGCCUACGUUGGGUAUAAUGGACACAGAUGUAUCUCGGAACUUUUUCGGUCGCCAGGUCAACAGUUUUGAAGCCGAAGUGAAUCUCAGUGAGAUUUUCACAAAUUUGUGUCCUGGGGACAAAGUGUGUCAUGGCGUGUUUAUUCGAGCACCUGCAGUAAUUCAAACUCUCUCUCCAAAUGUGGAAGUUCUGGCAUCCUUGACCUGGAAAGACACAUCCGAAGAGGUCAUUGUGGCCGUGCAGCAAGACAAUGUGAUGGCAACGGCGUUCCACCCUGAGUUGACAGAAGAUGUCAAGUGGCAUCAGUUUUUUAUUGAGCGCGUCAUUAGAAACAAGGCGUUAUUACAUUGUUCGACGAAGUGAAAUGCCUAUACAAAGAGUUUUUCCUCUUUGUAUGCUACUUUUGUAACACGUGCCACGAGGACUUAGAAGGCGGAUCAUAGGCUAUCAUAGAUAAUUGAAACUUACAUAUAAAGGAAGUUGAAAAUA